AUGGACUCCCACUCUGUUGACGAGGAGCAAAAGGGCAUUAAAAAGUUCGUCAACCGUUUUCGCAGCGGCAGUAUUAGUUUCAAGUCCCGGCCUACCAUCGACGAUGCCGAAACAGACGGCUUUGCACCACUACGCCGGAACUCCUCUCCCAAGGGCCCCAAGAGCUCCAAGGGAAGCAAGAAGCAGCAGCAGCAACAACACAUGUCAUUUGAAGACUUGAGCAUGGCCGUCUGGAACGAAGCCUACGAGUCGCUACGAGACAGCCCGGCUACAGCUGCCCUGGUCGUCGCCUACGAAUCCAUCAUCGCACACGAGCUGCCCGACUACCUCAAGACCGGCGGCAUGAACACCUCGUUUCGAAACCGCUCCGCAGAAGAGCGCCUGGCGCUGCUUACCUGCAUUGCCAACAACGGCCUUGAAAAGCGCCGUGGCUCCAAAACGAGCCAGGUCGAAGAAGUCUCGCGCACCAUCAUUGACGACUGCAAAAGCGCCAUUCGCCAUUCGCUCACCGACGAGCCCGCUACCGCAAUUGCCUGGGCGGGCUUUUGCACCCUGACUCCGCUGUUGCUCGACCCGAUACUACGUCUCGACGCCAUGCGGGUCGGCCUCUUCCACGUUACGGGCCGCAUAGGGUGGUAUAUGUCGCUACCCUACCUGUUGAUGCGGGAUAGCUGGCGCGACGAUGCCGAUUUUGAUCGUCUCUGCGACAAGACACGCGACCGGAUUUCCCGAAUUGCGCGCAAGGCCCUCGAGUUUGAAAUGAGCUGCAUCUGCGCCACCGCCAGCGCCUGGAACGCACAGGCCAAGAAUACAGUCCGCUGGAGCAGCUUGGAAGCUCUGGUCCAGGAUCUUAUUGGCAUGGGCGGCGAGCUUGCGCAGCAUAUUGAUAGCUACGCGAGCGACCCUGUGGCGAGAGAGUUUCUGCGCCGCGAUCACGAUUUCCAGGAACAACAUGCUGGCGCCGACGCAGACAGCAACGGGCCACAGUCGGCCAUUGUGGCUUAA